GUGCUACAGAUGCACUGAUGGCUUUCUAAGUUGUCUCUUCUGGCUUUGGUCAAUGUGAGUACAUUCCUUAAUGUCGCUGUAAGAUAGCUUUUCAUAUGUAACUGUCACGAGGAAGAGAAUUCAACUGAACAGGCUAUCUUAGAGUUCAUGAGUUUUUAAUGGCUUCCCUGAUCCAUCCAUAGCAUUUACAACCCAGGCAAACUAUUUCCAUUCACGUUACAGCAAAGAUUUUGCCGUCAUAGAAUGACCUGAUUGUCCACUUUAUAUUCCAGGGAUUGUACCAUGCAAACAAAGUUAAUAAGAAGCUUUGAAUUAAGCUCCAGGGUCACUGGAGAAAGAGUUGAUUGAUUCCUGAGUUAUUUAUGCCCUAUUUGAUUGCUUUAAUUUACUGCACAUUUAUAGCUGCAGUGUGUUGGUAAAGCUGUUGUAGGAAUAAUUAUCCUGGACUUCAGAAAUAUGAGUAUUAAUAUUUUCAAAAUUUCCUGAUAAACACAGUGAAAAUACCUCUAAAGAUUGAGGGUGAAACAAAUAGGCAACGUCUGCAAGUUUUAAUCAGUAUUUUGGUAAAUGAUCCUAGAAAAAAAACCUCAUAAAACAUCCCCUGUGAAUGACAACCAAAGGCCAUUUGCCUCCCUAUUUUCAUUCUUCUUUGCAACAAAAUAAUUGGAGGGAUACCACCCAAAUCUAAUUAGAUGGGGAUUUUUCAGAUUCUCCUUAUUAGUAAACUCAUAAAAAAUCUGUUGAGUGGUCGAGAGACGCAGGAUGCAAGUAACUGCUAUUAUCAUCCAAUAGGACUCCUAUCACCGAGAGUGAGAAGGCCUCUUAUAAACAGCCUUAGAUAACAGCUAUACACAGAAACAGUCUUUAAGAUUAGGAAGUCAGAGUGAAGGGCAGGAACAGAGAGAGCUCCUGACCCAUGCAUCAGUGCAUCGUACAUUCUUUAACAGCAGCCUUCGUGGCUUUCCCACCAUGGCUUUCUUCCUUCUUUUGCCCAAAGACAUUCAAAAUAGUAUUUUGGUUGCUGUUUGAUUUGGUUGUUGUAGCCCAUGUUUUGAAAUGUCUCUUUUCCUGCCGUUACGCAGGACACCUAGCUUGCCUUCACCUCCAAAUGACCAAAUGCAGAAUGGUAUUCUGAAAUGCCUCCUUCCGAAGAAACGCAAGACAAUGGCCUUUCAGUUUUCUCUUGGGGGUCGUUUGUCCACAUGGCCUGCAUAUGCAUCUGGGCAGGCGAUCCUACAGAAUCGGAAACCCUGUUGCAGUCCAGAGGGCAGAAGCAACAAACAGGCCUCUCUGACCAUUGCAAAGCCACGCUACCUGGAGGAGCUGGAGUCCUACCUCAGGAAGGAGCUGCAGUCUCUGGACCUGACGAAUGAGAACGCUCAGGAACUGAAGCUCCAGCCCUACAGAGAGAUCUUUGAGUUCUUCAUAGAGGAUUUCAAAACCUACAAGCCCUUGCUGUCUGCCAUAAAGAACGAGUAUGAAGUUACAUUGGAUCACCUGAGGCAGAAGGUCCGCUCGCUGGAGUCCCUGAAGGGCAUGCUGGUGUCUGUGUCCGAGGAGUGCACCCAGCAGAUCGUGGCUCUCCAGGAGGAGGAGAAGGCGGAAAUCACAGCGCUGAAGAAGGAGAAACUGUACUUGUUGAAGCAAAUUGACAAGAUGGAGGAGGAGAAGGGCUCCCUGCAGACCCAGAGCCUCCUGGCUAACAUCUCCAGCCAUUCCGUCUGCACCGAGCAUGCUCCAGCCCCACUGCGCUUCCUCCCCUGCAGCUCGUCCACACUGAGCAUGGUUCCUGCAGCCACAGAGCCAGGACUCCUGACGUUGCAGCUGCAGCCAUGCGUUGGCCUAGGGCAGGGCUACUCAACACGUGGCCCGCAGGGCAAGAAUUGGCAGGAACUGGGAACAUGGGGCCUGCACUUCAGAACCUCCGGGGGCUGUAACAACACUCGUGAUGUCACCUUGAGAACAUGCCUCCAGAGAGCUGGGCUUGUGGUCGUGACCCUCCUUUUGACUGUGCGUCGCCGCCUGUUGUUUAAAGAUGUCUCGGGCGAAGACGUGGUCAAGUUAACGCUGGCGCUGAAGAUAGCUCGGCAGGACCUCACAAAAGCCCAGGUGGAGCUGAACACCAUGAGGGCAGAUUACGGAGAUGUUGUUCCCAGGAGAGACUACGAGUCGCAGGAGAAAAAAUAUAUGGAUCUGCUUGAGAAGCUGGAGGUCCUGCAGAAGGACUUUGAGGCCCUCCAGAAGGAGUACAGCGUGCUCCUGGAGAUCCACCGGGAGGCUGUGGAGGAGCGAGACCACUUCUUCAACGAACUCCAGGAAGUCCAGCACAGCUCCACGCCCCGGCCGGACUGGGCGAAAUGUGCAGAGGUGAUUGCGGGGGGCCCCGAGCGGUGGAGCAUCCUGCAGGAGGGGAAGAGCAGUGACCAGAUGGUGGCCGUGCUUCUGGAGGAGAUCGGCGCAGGCGUGCUGAAGGAGAAGGACACGUUCCCAGCGCUGGGCAAAGGGGACAAGGUCCCGGUGUACCUGAGGUACGAAGGGCAGGUGAAGAACAAGAAGCUGAACAAAAAGGACGUGGUGAACAUCCUGAGGGAGAUCUGGAAAGAGAAAGUUUCAGCCGAUCAGCAGAAAGGGAAGCAAUCCAACCUCCCAGAGUUCUUCCUCAGCUACCUCCAGAAGUGCUACGGCGACGCUGCGGCCUUCGACUGGGCUUACACCAUCCACGAGACCGUCAAGCUGUACCGGUCAAACGAAGCCAUGAGCUUGUUCUACGACAUCCUGAGCGGGAAGGUGAGUGGCCCAGGCCCCGUGUGCUCUCCUCCGCUCUCGCUGGGGCUGGGGGUGCAGCUACCAGCCGGCUGCACAGAUGGCGGGAGGGCGCAGCCAUGCUCCGGGGGGGGGUCCGUGCACAUGCUACGGCCCCGCCCAUCACUGUGUUUGUGGGGUCCCCUCUCUCCCUGCAGCACGGCGCUGAGGGCAGCUUUCCCCUUGAAAAGCAGCGAGCAGCUCCAGGAGCUGCUGGAUGCAAGCAGGCCCCAGGCCGGCAGCCCAGAGGAGCUCAUCGACUACAGGGCCUUAUUCGCCGAGGUAGGUGCAGCUGCCCCUCUCUCUGCCAGCUUCGUUUAUCGAGCCAGGGGGCACCCACUGGAAGUCCCCCCAUAGGCUGUGGGCCCAAACGUGCCCCCUGCCCUCUCCUUCACGCUGGGCUGCCCCGGUCGCUAGCCAGCCUGUCCACGCCCCCAAGAGCAGAAUAGGGCAGGAGCCCGG